AUGAUAUUUAUUUUGCUGGCGAUCUGCGCUUUGUUUCCGCUUUCUAACGGAGCUGCAGAGCUGCUGAAAAAUCCAGAUUUUGAAAGUACAUCCUUUUCUGGAAAUUGGGUAUGCAACGGAUGUACUCUGUCGAGCAGUACUGAUAGUUUCCAUGGAAAUCGGAGUGGCAAGGUCACAAACAGAGCAAAUGCAGGGAUCGGAUUGGGACAAACUGUGACUGUUUCACCCGGUCACACCUACGUAUUCAGUGCCCGGGUAAAACUUCUUAACAUGGCGCCAGGUUAUAUGUUUCAUAACGUACAACUGCGAAUCAAGGAAACUGUGAAUGGGCACAAUAAGCAUGUGAAUGUAUCUAGCAACCCCAAAACACGACGAGAAAACGGAUGGGUAGAAGUAGGGUUCGACUUCACUGUACCUCCAAGCUUGCACCAGAUUUCUGUUUAUUUUGUGAUCGACGAUAUGCGAGUGAACUAUGUCGUCGAUGAUGCAAGUUUUGAAGAACUACUUUAUGACGCCAACUGGAAAUCAGAAGCUAAUGCCAGAAUCGCCAGUCUUCGUAAAGCCCCAAUUACGGUCAAUUUCCAAAACCUCCAUGGAUCAGGGUAUACAGUUCAGAUUGAGCAGACCGGGAGUAAAUUUGCAUUCGGUUCGGUUGUGGACGCUGCCAUGAUAGUGGAUUCAAUACAUCAUCCGUACCAACAAUUCUUCUAUGACAACUUUGAGUGGGGAGUGCUGGGAAAUGCUUUGAAAUGGCCACAAACAGAACCAGUUCAAGGACAUCCUACUCUAGAUAAAGCAGUGACUGCUGUGAACGCCCUUAGAGCUAAGGGAAAGAAGGUGCGUGGACACAACAUGUUCUGGGGUACUGGACAUACACAUCCGAGAUGGCUAAAAUCAUUGAACUCAAGUGAAAUUUUACAAGCUAUGCACACACAUAUCAAUGAUGUCAUAUCACGAACGAGGGGAACCCUCGAACACUGGGACGUGUACAACGAGAAUCUUCACGGAAUGUAUUUUGAAGAACAUACAGGUCACGUGAAUAUCACCAAAGAGAUGUUUUACUGGAUUCAUCAAGCUGAGAGAGGUGUGAAGUUAUUCCUCAAUGACUAUGCGGUAGCAUCGCCUGGUUCAGUGACAACAGCGUAUAAGAAGCAAGCUCUCAUGAUGAAGAAUGCUGGAGUCCCCAUCUACGGUAUUGGUAUUCAGUGUCACACCAACGCACAUCUGAAUAUCUCCGUGUUAAAGUAUCGUCUAGACAAGGUAGCAGAGGCUGGUCUUCCCAUCUGGAUCACGGAGUUCACAGUAAACGAACCCAAUGAGGUGUUAAAGGCAAAUGCUCUUGAGGACAUGCUGACGUUGUUUAUGAGCCAUCCGGCUGUGGAGGGCGUUCUUUUGUGGGGAUACUGGGAUACUCGUAUCUGGAUACACGACUCGGCUUUGGCUAGUGGACAUGACGUGACGCCUAACGAAGCAGGGAGGCGCUACCUCCAACUCUACCACGACACCUGGCGAACAAACGAGACUAUUCACGUAACCGGAAAUUACGUAUAUACCUCAGGAUUUAAGGGAGACUAUACCCUUCGACUUAAACGCAAUGGUCAUUCAGUUCGAACACAACACUUUACAUUGAAUGAUGGUGGGAAACACGUCAAUGUCGUUUUGCCAUAA